AUGCCUGGGUCAGGCUGGAAACACCGCGUCCGUGAGGCGGCCAAAGCAGCGCUGGGUGGAGUGGGCACCCCCACACUGCUCACCCGCGCGGUCGCCGGAACGAAGAACGUAGGCGCAGGGACCAGUACCCCCACCCCUCUGACGCGCAGCGUACCACUCACGAAGCUGCUGAGGCGGAGGGAUGUCCCGCGAACGCUGCUGCUGCUGCCGCUGCGAGCGCUGGGCACCACCACCGCCGCUCCGCUGCUGGGUACCACCACGACCAGCUCCACCUCCUCCACCACCACCGCCUCCUCCGCCGCCGCCUCCACUGCCUCCACCUCCACCGCCUCCGCUCCCGCUGCUGCCUCCACCACCACCGCUGGCACUACCACUACCGUCUCCGCCGCUGCUGCCACCACCACCACCACCACCACCACUACUCCCGCCACCACCCCCACUCCCUCCGCCGCCUCCGCCGCCACCGCCACCGCCCCCUCCAGCUCCGCCCGCGCCCUUGCCCCCCUUGCCCUUGCUAGAGCGACGUCUCCCACUAGGGGCAGACGCCGCGCCGACCGACUCAAGACCAAGCAGGUCGGCCGCAGCAGCAGAGGCAACAGAGGGCAGCAAGGGGGAAGGAGAGCACCCCUCAAAGAUGGGGGUGCGAGGGUCACCACGAGAGGCACCUACAGCGACUAUGCUCUUCUCCGCUGCGAGGAGGGCCUUCUCGAGGAGGUCGACGGUGAGAGUGGUGGGACAGACUGCGAGAAAGUGGUCCCUGACUACGCGGAGGGAGUCAGGGAGGCGCGCGACUACGUAGUAGAGAGUGAUGUACAUGGGGGGGGGGGUUCUUAG